CAGGACUGUGAUCAGUCUCCUCUGACAGCUGUCCUCAGGGAGGUGCCCUGAGGCUGGACAGAGCUGGGGUUCUCCCCAUGGAGCCCAAGGGCAGGACCGAGUGCUCGGGCGCGUGGAGCCGUUGGGCAGCCGGAGAGGGCCUGGCCGGGGAGCAGCAUAGGCUGUGCCCUCCAUGGGGCUCUGCCCAGGGCCAGGACGACAUCGAUGGGCAGAUCCUGGGUCAGCUGCACCCCCCUGCUGAGGGGGAAGGGGAGGCCGGGCCCGCCUUCCCCGGGAUGGGCUCCGAGGAGCUGCGGCUGGCUUCCUUCUACAGUUGGCCCCCGACCACGGGGGUGCGGCCUGAGCUGCUCGCUGCCGCUGGCUUCUUCCACACGGGCCGGCAGGACAAGGUGAGGUGCUUCUUCUGCUACGGGGGCCUGCAGAGCUGGGAGCAGGGGGACGACCCCUGGAUUGAGCAUGCCAAGUGGUUCCCCAGGUGUCAGUUCUUGCUCCAGUCCAAAGGGAGGGCUUUCGUCCACAGCGUCCAGCAGUCUCCCCCUCACCUCAGCUCCUGGGGCCUGUGGGAGGAACCUGAAGACGCCGCCCCCCACACCCUCUCCGGCCAAGGCUUCACGUCCAUUCUACCUGCCCACAGCUGCUGUCCACGAGGGCCCCGAGCUGCCCACACCCUGUACAGAAAUCCAGUCCGAAAACGCCAGGGAGCCAGGAGCUGGAGAUGCGGCGGAGCAGCUGCGGCGGCUGCAGGAGGAGAGGACCUGCAAGGUGUGCCUGGAUCGGGCCGUGCGCGUGGUCUUCGUGCCGUGCGGCCACCUGGCCUGUGCCGAGUGUGCGCCCAGCCUGCAGCUAUGCCCCAUCUGCCGGGCGCCCGUCCGCAGCUACGUGCGCACCUUCUUGUCUUAGGCCAGGAGAACCAGUGGGCGGGGGCAGGAGCCCCAGCUCUCAGCUCUCAAGAGCCUUGGAACCCCCAGAGGCACCUGAGGGCCCAUCUGGUGGGUGAGCACUCACCGUCACCUACCCCAUCCCGCCUUCUCCCUUCAGUUCAGGCUCCGCGGCUCAGGUGCACUCCUGCCCAUCGGCUCACACGGAGCAGGGCUCUACCGAGGGUGGCUGCACUGGCACCCACUGCCGACCAGCUCGACUCCCAGAUGGGAGCCCCCGUGUGGAGGGUGGGGGCAGUUUCACUGCACCUGUUCAGAUGUUAGUGCAGAGCAAUAAAGUGCUGGCUCCCUGGA